AUGAAUUUUUUGACGCCCGUGAGGUGUUUGCUUCAAUGUCUGACUCAGGCUCCGAUUGCUCCCCAGAAGACUGUAUUGGCCCGUGAUGAACAUGAAGUUCAGCAGGUCUACAAGAGAGGAACAGUUGGAAGAUCCAAUUAUAUUGAUGCAUACACGGGAAGGUUUGGAGUUCCACAUAUGGCUUUCAACUCCAUUAAUUCAACCAUAAACAAUGGUGGUUUAUUGAACAGUGGUGUUUGGGCUCCACCACAACCAAUUCAGCAAAUGCGGACGUAUACAAGGGUCUACAAAAGAGGAGCUAUUGGAAGAUCAAUUGAUAUUACUUCAUAUUUAGGGUAUGAUGAGCUUAAACAAGAUCUUGCUCGAAGGUUUGGUAUCGAGGGUCAACUGGAUGGUCAACAGAGAAUUGGGUGGAAACUUAGGUAUGUGGAUCAUGAGAACGACAUUCUCCUUGUUGGGAAUGACCCUUGGGAGUAA